AUGGUUACGCUGGACUUCAAGACACUGACAAUGCCGGUCGGCAUUGUACGGAUACUGGCAGUGAUCUUAACCUGUAUCUCCUUCAGCCUGGUGGCAUCGGUGGGCAAUAUUUCGGUCUCCUUCUGGGCGUGGUGCAUGUUCACCUGGUGCUUCUGUUUUUCCAUCACCUUACUUAUACUCCUCUUGGAAUUCACUACUCUAAGCACAAAGCUACCCAUCUCCUGGGAUGAUUUCACUACCGCAUUUGCCAUGUUGGCUACCCUGAUGCUGUUGACAGCAUCCAUCAUCUAUCCCAGAUUCUUCACUUGUUCUACCUGCGGCAAACAGAUUGGUGCCACUGUUACAUCCUGGCUGACCUUCAUCCUGUAUUCUGUUGAGGUGGGGCUGACCCGGGCCAAACCUGGUGAGAUCAGUGGAUUCCUUUCCACAGUCCCAGGCCUCCUCAAGGUUAUAGAGGCCUUUGUGGCCUGCAUCAUCUUCAUCUGUUUGGACUCCAACUGGUACUCUCACUUUCCAGGGCUCCAGUGGUGUGUUGCUGUCUACUCCAUUUGCUUCAUUUUUGCCCUCCUCGUCAUCAUUUUUACCAUUGGCCGCCUGCUAUCUCUCUUCCCUGCUCCAUUUGACAAAGUCUUGACAGUGUGCAACGUGCUGGCAGUGCUGAUGUACAUCACAGCUGUGGUCAUUUGGCCAGUGUACAGCUUCAGGAACAAUUCCACAGGACCAAACGAUCUCUUAGUUGUGAUCACUGUGAUGACCUGUUUCAACCUUGUUGCUUACAUCGUGGAUACAUUUUAUUCGUUUAGGCUCGUCUUCUUCGUCAGCAGAACAUAG